CCGGACCGGAAGCGCGGGGCGUCCCCUGGCGGCGAGCGGAGCCAAUGGCGGCGGGGGUCGCGCGGCUGCUGCGCGCACUGCGUCCCAGUCCCAUCCCAGUGUCCCUGUCCCGCUCGGUGACGUCAUCGACGUCCCCGAUGCCGUCACCCCGGGAGCUGCAGACGCUGCGGGUGACGCAGGAGCGGCCGCAGGUGCUGCACCUGCAGCUGCACCGGCCCAGCAAGCGCAACGCCCUCAACCUGCAGUGCUGGAGGGAGCUGGUGCAGGUGUUCCAGGACAUCUCCGAGGACCCCUCGUGCCGCGCCGUCGUCAUCUCCGGGGCCGGGAGCGCCUUCACCGCCGGGAUCGACCUGGCCGACCUGGGCUCGCUGCUGGCUCAGCUCCCCAACGGCGACACCGCCCGGCGGGCCUGGGCCCUGCGCCGGCGCAUCCUGGACUUCCAGGAGAGCUUCUCGGUCAUGGAGAGGUGCCCCAAGCCCCUAUCGCCGCCUUUUACGGGCCUGCACGGAGCCG